AUGCUUUCUUCUGGAUCGGCCGCGAUCGGUGUGAGUGCGUUGGCCUCGACUGCGUACGGAAAUGAGCGUACCGAAGUGGCAGAAUAUGCGAACGAAGGUGGCUUCUUUCAUGCCGAUUACAAAAAACAUGAUGACUUGAAGCAAAUGUUGGACAGCAAUAAAGACAGCCUGAAGCUGGAGGCAAUGAAGCGCAUCAUCGGCAUGAUAGCGAAGGGCCGGGAUGCCUCCGACCUGUUUCCGGCCGUCGUGAAGAACGUGGUAUCGAAGAACAUCGAAGUGAAGAAGCUGGUGUACGUGUAUCUAGUGCGGUACGCUGAAGAACAGCAGGAUCUUGCGCUGCUUUCAAUUUCCACCUUCCAGCGGGCACUGAAAGACCCGAAUCAGCUGAUACGUGCCAGUGCACUGCGUGUGCUUUCCAGCAUUCGUGUGUCAAUGAUUGUUCCGAUCGUGAUGCUUGCGAUACGGGAUUCGGCAUCCGAUAUGAGUCCGUACGUGCGAAAGACUGCGGCCCAUGCAAUCCCAAAGCUUUACCAUCUCGAUCCGGAACAGAAGGAUGAGUUGAUAGUAGUGAUCGAGAAGCUGUUAGCCGAUCGUACGACGCUGGUGGUGGGAUCGGCAGUAAUGGCAUUUGAGGAGGUAUGCCCGGAACGGACCGAGUUGAUACACAAAAACUAUCGCAAAUUGUGUAAUCUGCUGGCGGAUGUGGAUGAGUGGGGUCAGGUGCUUAUCAUAAACAUGCUGACGCGGUACGCACGAACUCAAUUCUUGGAUCCUAAUGCUGAUGAUGAUUAUGACUACCAGGAAGCGGAAAACAAGCCGUUUUAUGAGGAUGAAUCCGAUUCCGAUUCGUCCGACAAAAGAAGAAAGGAUAGUUCGGUUGCUUCACCGCGUAAGACCUAUACCUUAGAUAUAGACCAUCGGAUGUUGCUGCGGCAAACGAAGCCACUGCUGCAAAGUCGCAAUGCGUCUGUUGUUAUGGCCGUUGCCCAGCUGUACCACCAUGUAGCACCACGCAAUGAGGUGGAAAUUGUGGCGAAAGCUUUGAUUCGAUUGCUACGCAGCUACAAAGAGGUGCAGAGCAUCGUGCUCACCUGUAUCGCUUCCAUGUCGAUCGAACGGAAGUCCAUCUUUGAACCGUUCAUCAAAUCGUUCUUCGUGCGUACGAGCGAUCAAACGCAUAUAAAGCUGCUGAAGCUCGAAAUUCUGACGAAUCUAGCUACGGGCACUAACAUUUCGGUGAUUCUGCGUGAGUUCCAAACGUACAUCAGCAGUAACGAUAAGGAGUUUGUGGCUUCAACGAUUCAGGCCAUUGGACGGUGUGCAGUUUCGAUCUCUGAGGUUACGGAAACAUGUCUGUCCGGUUUGGUGCAUCUGUUAUCUAACAAAGAUGAGUACGUUGUAGCGGAAAGUGUGGUCGUGAUUAAGAAGCUGCUACAAACGAAAAAGGAAGAACAUUUCGAAAUUAUUUCGCAAAUGGCAAAGCUGCUCGAUUUCAUUCAGGUUCCGGCUGCACGAGCUUCAAUCCUCUGGCUGAUUGGCGAGUACAAUGAAAAGGUACCGAAGAUCGCACCCGAUGUGUUGCGCAAAGCAGUGAAAAGCUUCAUCGACGAGGAGGACAUUGUGAAGCUGCAGGUGCUGAAUCUUGCUGUAAAGCUACACAUCACCAACCCGAAACAGACGACCCUGUUGUGUCAGCAUCUGCACAAUCUCGCUCGUUACGAUCCUAACUACGAUAUUCGGGAUCGUGCCCGGUUCCUUAAGCCGUUUCUGCUAGCCUCUCCGGACGGUGCGGAUGCUGCGGAAUCGAUUUUGGUGGCUAAAGCAAGAAAAAUCUUUCUAUCCGAGAAACCGGCCCCUACACUGGAGAGUAUGUAUCAUGGCAGACGGCAGUAUCAGCUAGGGUCACUUUCGCACUACCUCAACAUGCCUACGAACGGAUAUCAAGAUUUGCCCUCAUGGCCAACGGAAGCACCGGACACCUCGGUGAGGAACGUUGAACCACCGGUACCGAUGGGAGAUUAUCUAGGCCGAUCGACAAACGAUCGUACGGGUAGCGGAAAUACUGCCGCUGAAGGUGAUCGUCGCAAGAAGAAAACCAAAUCGUUCUACUCCGGUUCGGAGGAUGGUACUAGAUCGAGCACCACGGAAGGAGCUUCAACACCAUCCGAAUCGUCAUCAUCGUCGGGUUCCGGAUCUGGCUCGGGUUCAUCGUCAUCGUCCGGUUCGUCGAGUUCGGGAAGUGAAACGAGCGGUAGCGAUAGUGGUAGCAGUAGCAGCGGUAGCGGAAUCAGUAGCAGUGGUAGUGAGGAUAGUGAUUCCGCCGCAUCUAGCGAUAAUGGAGUGCAUAAACCCCAGAAGGGUACAACCAAUGCACGCAGCACAGCUGUGAAAGCUAACCGUCGGAAGGACGAUCGACCGAUCAAGAAUGCUUACAAUGAGGUGGAUGGUACGAGCCGAUCAAAGAAGCAAAGCUCUGCCGAUGAUAGUGGAAGUGAUACUAGCGGAAGCUAUGAAUCGUCUUCAUCAGCUCCAUCAUCGACUGGGAAGAAAAAACCGUCCUCAAAUCGAGCGCCAGUCAAAAAGCAGAGCAAACCGCGACCAGAAGAGAAAAAACCUCCAUCCGAUGGUCCCGGUAAAAGUAAUUUAGAUCUUUUGCUCGAUCUCGACGACAUUCCUCCGAUCGGUCCCGUGAUGACACCUUCGUUGGGUGGAUUCCUGACACCGAUGACGGCAUCGAACGCGAACGCCGGAGAUUUGGGUGUCGGUAUAGAGCUGGUCGGUCCAAGUUAUAUUCCGAUGAAAAAACACGAGCUGUUGAACAAAGUGAACGGUUUCGGGCUGGGAAUUGAGUAUCGUUUUGUACGGUCGCCCCAUCUGUACUCAUCAUGCAUGGUUUCGGUGGAGCUAACGUUUACCAAUCACGGUAACGUCGAACUGGUCGAUAUUGAGAUGGGCAAGAAAGUUAAUCUUCCCGCUGGGAUGGCUGUAAAUGAUUUUGCUCCCAUUGGUCGGCUCAAUCCGGGACAGACCGUUUCCGGUAUGCUAGGUGUUGAUUUCAACGAUUCUACCCAACCCGUACGGGUAGACAUUUGUUCUGCAAGUGGAACAAGCACGGUAACGUUGAAGGCCCCGGUCGGUGAGAUGGUACGAUCGGUUGCCAUCGGGGAGAGUACGUUCGAUAGUGAACGUGCGAAGCUACGCGGCAUGACGGAACAUUCCUGUACGCUACAGUUAAGCGAUACACUUUCGCCGGACGAUAAGAGUCUGCACCGAGCGGUAUUCGAAGCGAGCAAUGUGGCGAGUGUGGUGACCGCAGACCCGAAAGGUCCGAACGGUCUACGAUUCCUGUUCGCGGGGCAAACGAUGAGCUCGAAAAGUUUGGUACUGGUGGUGCUUGAAAAGGUCAAUACGGUCGACGAUAAGAACUCAUUUGCGCUAACCGUAAACUGUGAAAAGCUAGUAGUAGGUUCGAUGCUGUUGAACGAGCUGAAGGCGGUGCUGAAGAAGUAG